CUGGGGCUUAUCAUGAUAACUGAUCAGCUGGACAUUGACUGCUUGAGGCGAUCAGGCUGCAAGAGAUGUACAUGUAUAUAUUCCGCGCUGCUACUUUUGCGCGUUCAUUGAUUUUUGAGUUCUGUCUGCCAUUUUGUCGCCCUGUAACUGUAUCUAUCAAUAUCAAUACCAAAAGCAACGUUUCCAAAGCGCAAGCGCUAUCACAUUUGCAAUCUACGAGUCGAGGAUCACUUUGAACUUUGAAGAGUGGCUUGUUCGGCAAUUUGGGGGCGAAAAUCGGAUCCUCGUAGGGAGACAAACCUUAAGGCACUCAAGCAUACACCCUUGAAGCUAUCGCGACCUGCCUGACGACCUCAUACUCUUUGGACCAUUUUACACCUCAGGCAUCUAAAAGUCGGCCAUCAUGUCGCGAACGAUGGUGGAACAAUCACCGCUCCCAUCGAUGCCUUCAAUUGAACGUCCCAAAACACCCUCAACAUCAUCACCAAAUACCCCUCCAGAUGAAUACGACCUCCCACUCAAGUACUCAGAACCCCUCUACACCGAAAUCCGCCUCGACCUUCCACCAUUCCCAAAGCUACCAUCCUCAUCAACAUCGAAAUCUCGCUCACGCGCCCACACAAUAACCUCAUUCCUCCCCUCCCACCGACGAUCAGGGUCAUCACCCCCAGCAGUACCCACAACAUCACCACCCCGGAAAUCCAAACCUCCACCCUCGGACUCUGGAAACAAGGGCGAUAGUUCGUUGAUGAAGUUGGGUAGAUCGUCACGGCAGGGGAAGAAGAGGAGUACGACAAUAGGUGCAUUGGCUGUUGCGCCUGCGGUUAUGAUUCUCAAAGCGGAGCUGUUUACGCCGCAGGAAAGGAAAGAUGAUGGUAGUGGGAGGAGGUGAGGUAGAGGGAUUGAGUUUGGACAUUUCUUUGUAUAUUGUUUCGAGGCUGGCCUGGGUAUACCAAUUCUUUUCCAUAGGAGUGUUAAAGGGCUUUAGGAGGGGGUUUAUCUAUGUAAGAUGGGCAUGGUUAUGAAUGAUAUGAUUGGUACUAGUAUAUAAUAGGAGUGGUAAUAAGUGAUUUUACGGCCAAUCAAACAAGAUAUUUAUCUGUUC